AUGGCGACGAACGCGACUCAGACCGAGAUCGCUUUGGAGAAGUCGGCCGCCCACCAUGUGGAGGAUACCUUGGGCAUCGGUGCGGUCAUCGAGGCCAGGCAGGCCACCGAUGAGGAACAUGCCCAAACCCUCUUCCAGGCGCUGCGGGAUAACCGCAAGGCCGUGGCAUGGUCCGUCUUGAUUUCGGCAUCGAUUGUCAUGGAGGGGUACGAUACCAUCCUGAUGGGUAAUUUCUUCGCCCACCCCAGAUUCCAGGAGAAGUAUGGUCAAUACUAUGGCGGGGAUACCGGGUGGCAGGUGUCGGCGCCCUGGCAAACUGGGUUGUCUAUGGCCAGCACGGUCGGUUGUAUCUUUGGCGGUCUCCUGAACGGCUAUUUUGCGAGCAAGUAUGGUUACCGCAUUGUCAUGAUUAUCGCCUUAGGGUUCUUGACUGCAUUCAUCUUCGUAGUCUUCUUCGCCAACUCCGCUGCCGUCUUGCUCGUUGGUCAGAUUCUUUGUGGUCUGUCCUGGGGUGUGUUCGCGACGAUUGGUCCCGCCUACGCCUCCGAGGUCUGCCCAACCAAUCUGCGUGGCUACCUCACUAUCUAUGUCAACAUGUGCUGGGCCAUCGGUCAGCUUAUCGCAUCUGGUGUGUUGUACGGACUGGUAGAUCGCCCGGAUCAAUGGUCGUACCGUAUUCCCUUCGCUCUGCAAUGGAUCUGGCCGGUCCCCUUGAUGGUCGUCAGCUGGCUGGCUCCAGAAAGUCCAUGGUUCUUGGUGCGGAAUGAUCGUCUAGAGGAUGCUAAGCACAGUAUCCGUCGCCUGGGAGGCAACAAGACCGAGGAACAAAUCAAUGGUCAAUUAGCGAUGAUGGUCCACACGACUAAGAUUGAGGCCGAGAUCGAGGCUGGCACCACGUACUGGGACUGCUUCAAGGGAGUCGACUUGCGUCGCACGGAAAUUUGCUGUGUGGCCUUCUUCGGUCAGAUUCUGUCUGGUAGCACCUUCGCCUACUCCCCCGUGUAUUUCUUCGAGCAGGCCGGCAUGCAUCCCAGCCGCGCAUUCCAACUGGGUGUUGGCUGCACCGGAGUGGCCUUUGUCGGCACUGCUCUGUCCUGGUGGCUGAUCACUUACCUUGGCCGACGGACCUUGUACGUCUGGGGCCAGGGUAUCCUCUGCACCCUGUUGUUCCUCAUUGCCAUCAUCGACUCGGCCUCGCAUACCGACGGAGCCAUGUGGGCGCAAGCCUCGUUCUGCUUCCUCUGGCUGUUCGUAUACUCCCUGACCGUCGGCCCCAUCGCGUAUGCCAUCGUGUCGGAGAUUUCCUCGGUGCGGCUGCGCCCCUUGACCGUUUGUCUUGCGCGUACGGCGUACCAGGUGGUCAACGUCAUUUCGCAGGUCCUGGAGCCUUAUUUCAUGAAUCCGACUGCCUGGAACGCGUCUGGUAAGACGGGAUUUUUCUGGGGUGGCACGGCCCUGAUCGCCUUCACCUGGGCCUUCUUCCGUCUGCCUGAGCCCAAGGGGCGUACCUAUGCCGAACUGGACAUUCUCUUCGCAACUAAAACUCCCGCGCGCAAGUUCGCUUCUACCCCCGUGGACCCGUAUGCUGUUGGCGUGUCUCCCUCGCAGGAGGGUCUUGUGCGAAAUGGGACGACCCAAGAGGUGAAGGAGUGA